AUGACAGGUUCUCAGUCCGGAGUUGAGCGAUCGGAGGUUAUGUGUUCCUUGCCGGUGGUGACCAGCCCGGUAGUGUCUCAGUUAUCGGAGUCGCCGGCUCUGGAUCCGGUGAAGACCUUGCUGGAACAUCUGGUGGCGAAUAUGGCUAGGUUUGAGGUUCGAAUGGAUGAUUUCGAACGACGUUCGAUGUCGACGCGGCAUGCGGCUAGACCCGAUCCGGAUCCACCAUAUUCUGGGUCCACCACUGAAACAGUGGCGGCUGCAAUACCGUCGUUGCCACCAUCUUCGGCGAUCAGCAUCGCAAUCCCAUCAUGUCCUCCUGCGGCGAGUGUCCCUUUUCUAGGGUUUCAGGAGGGGUUCCGACCUAACCCUACUGGGCCACAGGCCUUGGGCCAUAGAUUUUCCGGUCCGCCGCAUCACUCUUCGUGGGAUGCACCGCCUGCCUCUCGUCCAUCCGCAGCAUGGGAUGCGUGGGGCCAUCGGCCGUUGCCGGAGCAGCAAUUUCAGAAUUCGGGCCCAGUUUGGGAGCCUCAGGGAUCGCGUCAGUGGGCCAGCUCUCAUUCAUCGGACAGACAGGCCGGAUUGACGAUGAAACCGCCGCGUUUUGAUGGUUCAAACGUGGUAAGUUGGAUUUCUAGAGUUCAAUUUUAUUUUGAUCACUGUCGACUAGUAGAGGAUCAACGCUUACAUUAUGCGGUUAUGUUGUUUGAACCAUCGGUGGCUGAAUGGGUUUUCAACUAUCGGGAGGGUAAUCCAGCGGCUCGUUGGUCGGAGUUUUUGGAGGAUGUCCGCCACCGUUUUGAUCCACAGUGCUUUGUCGACUAUUUCGGGGUGAUUGCCAAAUUAUGCCAAACGGGAUCGUUGGAAAAAUAUAACAGUGAGUUUGAGGGUAUGUUGAAUAGAGUUCGAGGGGUGCCGAGUAAUCGAUUGGUGACUUUGUAUGUGGAGGGGUUGCAACAACCGGUUCGAAAUCAAGUGAAGUUUCAGUACCCUCCGUCGGUGGCUGCGGCAAUGGCCUUAGCCGUGGAGUUUGAUGCGGCGACCGACAAGCCGCCACCUAAGCAAUCAUUCCAGCGUCGUGCGUGGCUACCCCGGGAACAAACGCAACAGCCGCCGCCUUUGGCUAUCACACCAUCGGGAGCAACGCCUGGAGCGGAGGCUAAUCGUGGGGGACAACCCAAAGGGAGGAGUGCGGACUUUGCAGGCUUACCGGUGGUUCGCAUUUCGGCUGCUGAGAGAGCUGAGCAUACACGGAAGGGCUUGUGUUGGUAUUGCCCGGAUAAAUGGAUUCCCGGACACGUUUGUAAAGGGAAAUUCUUGGUGUAUAUGGGCAUGGACGAUGAGGAACUGGAGCCCGAGGAGUCGGAUCCACCAGCCGAGGAGAUCAUUACCGCGGACCUGUCACACAUUUAUGCGAUGGGAGGACGACCACAUUCGGCCUCAAUGGAAUUGCGGGGUCAGAUGGGACGGGAACAGGUGACGAUUCUUGUCGAUACAGGCAGCUCCCAUGACUUUUUACACCCGCAAAUUGCGGAGAAGCUGAAACUACCGCUGACUGCAGUGCGGCCAUUCCGAGUCUACGUGGGUAAUGGGGCGUCGUUGGUGUGUUCUUUUGCUAGCGUGGCAACGGAAUUUUUUAUUCAGCAGGAGAAGUUUAUUGUCACGUUGCAUAUUCUGCCCGUCCAUGGUUUGGAUGUAGUAUUGGGGUUAUCAUGGUUGCACUCUCUUAGACGGGUCACCAACGACUUUGUUAAGGGCACUAUCGAGUUCUUAAGGGAUGAUGUCCCAGUUUGCUUGAAGGUGGCACCCUCCGUGCCUCGAGAGGUUUCUAACAGCGCCGCUGCCUCGCUGCUCCGUUUGAGGGGGGAGGCUAAUGUGUUUGAAGUGUUACAGUUGGCGCCAGAUCUGGGUACGACCGAGGAUGCGAUGGUUUUUCCCUCUGAUUUGUCAGCUCCUGUGUUGAGUGUGUUGGAACGACAUCGCGCGGUUUUUCAGCUCCCGUCGGGAAUGCCGCCAGCGCGGCCAUUUGACCAUAGGAUUCACCUACUGCCUAAUUCGAAGCCUGUUAAUGUCAGGCCUUACAGGUACCCUUACUUUCAAAAGACAGAGAUAGAGCGGCAAGUGAAGGAAAUGCUAGACGCGGGCAUAAUCAGGAGGAGCCAGAGUCCUUUCUCGUCACCAGUGCUACUUAUUCGGAAGAAUGAUGGGUCGUUUUGUUUCUGUAUCGACUACAGGGCUUUAAAUGCAGCGACGGUGCCAGACCACUUCCCCAUUCCUACGACAGAUGAGUUAUUUGAUGAACUCGGGGCUGCCCGGGUAUUCACAAAGCUAGAUCUCCGGGAAGGUUAUCACCAGAUCCGGAUGAACUCUGAGGAUGUGUUCAAGACAGCUUUCAGAACACAUGAUGGUCACUUUGAAUUUCUAGUAAUGCCGUUCGGGCUUACAAAUGCACCGUCGACAUUUCAGGCAGCUAUGAAUGACAUAUUUCGACCUCUUCUUCGCCAAUCAGUCAUGGUUUUCUUCGAUGACAUCUUAAUUUACAGCCCGACAUUGGAGAGACACACGGAACAAUUGCAUGAGGUGCUCUCUAUCCUACAGGCCCAUAGCUUCUUUGUGAAAUUAUCAAAGUGCACUUUUUGCUGCUCUACGGUGGAUUACUUGGGCCACUUGAUCGAGGCUGGACAGCUAAAACCCGACCCAAGCAAGAUAGAGGCGAUGGUGGCUUGGCCAAAGCCCACGACAGUCAAGCAAUUGCGUGGUUUUUUGGGGUUAACAGGGUAUUAUCGACGGUUUAUCGCAGGGUAUGCAUCCAUCGCGGCUCCCCUUACGGAGUUGCUUAAAAAGGACGCUUUCGCGUGGUCGUCCUUGGCGGAUGACAGUUUUGGACGGUUGAAAGAGGCCAUGACAUCAGCCCCGGUUUUGCGCUUGCCAGAUUUCUCUAAGGUGUUUUAUGUAGAGACGGAUGCUUCGGAUUUUGGAGUGGGCGCGGUGUUGUUGCAGGAUGGCCACCCAUUGGCGUUCUUCAGUAAGAAACUUGGUCCUCGACGUCGGGUGACAUCGACCUACCACAAAGAAUUAUAUGCCAUCGUGGAGGCGGUGCAGAAAUGGAGACAGUAUUUGUUGGGGCGCGAAUUCGUGAUUAGGAGUGACCAAAAGCGUCUGAAAGACUUGUUGCACUAG